AUGACAGGACUUCAAGAUGUUAAUUUGAGUCUUGCCGAAGUCAUCAAAGUUUUUCACAAAGGCAAAGUAGCUGAAAACUUGGAUCCGGUUCUCGCUGAAACUUUGAAGCUGCCUGAAAAGCUUGAGUUGCCGGAAGUCAGAGGUCCUGUAUUCGUAAGUGAUCGAUAAUAUUCUCGAUUUUUAAAUUCAUUUGUCAGGCCAUUUUCGAGAAUUAUUUCCACCGAGCUAAGAUGUUAUCAGUUGUGGACGGAGAAUUGGAGAAGAAGGCUUGGGACUUUGUAAUCACAUAUUUCGUCCAGAAGCGAAGAGUUCCUAGUGAGUUUUGUCUUAUAAAAAUUGAUAAAAGCUGUUUGACAGGCCGCGAAGAGCUCGUAACAAAUCCUUUCUGUUUCCUUUUCAACGAAUGGGGUCAGGACGCUUUGGAGAUGUCGAAGUUUUUCACAAAUUGCCAUUUUUAUUCUGUUGGUUCUUUUCCCUCGAAAUCUCUUGAGUUUUAAAUGUUUUCAGCAGUUGAAUCAUCAACUCAUCAAUCAGGUGAAAACUUCUGCCGAUGUCAAUAGUCAACUCCUUUUCUUUGAAACUAUCGCGAAUAAAGUUUCAGUCUCGAUUGAAAUCUCCUUGUACUCAAGUGGAUUAUCUUUUUUUCUCAACUAGAUUGCAAAAAAGAAAUUUUGAGGAAGAAGGUUACCGCCGGUGUUGAAAACCAGAUGUAAUUACAAUACAAUUGAUUUGAAGCAUUUGACGUUGGAGGCCAAGUUUUUUCGCUGUUUUUUCAUGUUUAGAAAAUUGACUUUCAGAAAAUACCUCUUGAAGGGAAAGCAACUCGGUCAAUACAUCACCCAAGUCAUGUGGCCAGCCAUUGAAGCUGCCGUCCAGAAAACCGCCGAAUAG